AUGUAUCUCCUCACCUUUGUGCUGUGCCUGAGUUUGGCGACUUUGGUCAAAUAUGCUUCUGGGAGUGACUGGUGCUAUACUGGCUGUGAAAAUUCCCCAUCCAAAUGGAAAGAUAUUUCCGGCUCCUUCUGUGGAGACAAAAGACAGUCUCCUCUUAACAUAGUCACCAGUCAUGUAGUGACUGACUCUAAACUGAAUAACUUCACAUUCGUCAACUUCUCCUCUGAGCACGCCAUCAAGUCCAUCGUUAACACCGGACAUACAGUGAAAUGCAAACUGAAAGAUAAUGAGGUUGAAGUGAGUGGAGGUGGACUCAAUGGAACAUAUUCCACCAUCCAGUUUCACUUUCACUGGGGCGACACAGAGCAUCACCCAGGUUCAGAGCACACGAUAGACGACCACAGAUAUCCGAUGGAGAUGCACAUAGUGAGUCUGAAGAAAGGUCUCGCUGUGGAGCAGGCCAUAGAGAAGUCAGACGGAAUCGCUGUCCUUGGAUUUUUCAUAAAUGCCACCGAGGAUAGAAAUAUGUCAGAAGCCUGGAGCACGCUCACAUCUUACCUCACAAAUGUCACAGCCGAGGGCAGUGAGGUUAAUAUAAACCACAGCAUCUCUAUUAAUGGCCUGAUUGGAGAUGUAGACCUGACAAAGUUCUAUCGGUACAUGGGCUCUCUGACCACACCCAUGUGCAAUGAAGCAGUCGCGUGGACGGUGUUUCAGGAGCCAAUCAACAUCCACAAAGAUCUGGUUCAGCUGUUUCCUACGAAGGCAGGCUUCACUAACGCCUAUCGACCUCCACAAGGGCUGAAUGGGCGCCAAGUGUCUGCCUCUCCUGCAACUCCUCUGCCUCCCAGUCCACCAUGGUGCUAUGAUGAUCACUGUGACUACGGUCCAUCUCAUUGGCACCUUCUGCCUCUGUCCCACUGUGGAGGUGAACGUCAGUCACCCAUCAACAUUGAAAAAGAGAAGGCUAAGGUUGACAGCAACCUCGGUGACUUCACGUUUACAAAGUUUGACGACAAGCACGCCAUCAAGUAUAUCACCAACACGGGGCAUGCAGUGAAGUGUGUCUUGAAGGAAGAUUUGGUGGAGGUGUCAGGGGGAGGUUUGGGACAUGUCUACUCUGUCAUUCAGUUCCACUUCCACUGGGGCUCCACAUCAGAUGACUCCAAAGGUUCAGAGCACUCAGUGGAUUCAAAAAGAUACCCAAUGGAGAUGCAUAUAGUGACUAAGAGAAAGGAUUUAACCCUGGAUGAAGCAGUAAAGACUCCUAACGGUCUGGCAGUGCUGGGAUUCUUUAUGGAGUCUAAGGUUACUCCUAAAAGUAGCAGUGGCAGUUCAGGACACCAGACGACAACUUCCACAUCAAGUUCAGCAUCCAACAAGGAGUAUUGGAAAAAACUGACAGAUUACCUUCCUGCUAUUCAAAACAUCAGCUCCAAGGCUGAAGUCUCAGCAGAGGUCUCCAUUGAUGACUUGCUUGGCGACGUGAGCAGAAAGUCGUACUACCGUUACAAUGGCUCCCUAACAACCCCUAAAUGCAAUGAAGCAGUGGUUUGGACAGUCUUUAAAGAGUCUGUCGAGGUGGACCACAACCUGAUGAUGAUGUUCCCGACUCACGCGGGAUAUAGCAACGUGUUUCGACCCACGCAGCGUCUUCAUACUAGAACAGUCUUCACCACGUCAGCUUCCAGUUCCAGUGGAUCCAUGUUACCGGUUCUGCUGCUGGCAUACCUCUGUGCUACUCUAAUGUAACAGAAAUAUCAACAGGCUAUGAAAGUGGUUUCACUGGUGACAUCUUUAGAAUCAUCUUUACUUUGAUUUAUUGCUCGACUGUUGAUUAAAGGUGAUAUCCACUAUCUGCUGUGCUCUUAAAUAUAAUAUUAAAAUGGCAAGAUUACUCAACUUUGGUUGGAGGUGCAUCUCAGGUAAUUCAAUAUGCUGCUAAUCCACUAGUUAUGAACAUGAACAUUUGUUUGGUUUUGUUGGUUAUUUAUUAAAAUGUGUAGACCACAUGAAAGUGAUAUAGAGAAAAUCAAAUCUUGUCGCAUUGAGUGUUUUUGUGAUUCAGCAAUGAGAUGUGUAUUCUUGUAUCUACUGAAAAAUAAAGUCAAAUGUCACUGA